CCGCUCGCGUCACUUCCUGCCUUCGUGCUCUCUCUUGGUGGGGCCAUCUCUGUGACCACAUCCACACUGACACACCCACGCUCUAGCCCUUCCGUUGCAUAGAUACUCACCACACCGGCCGCCUACAAUACCGGACGCGCCGCCGCCCAUACAUUGCACGCUGCCGCCUCGAUCCGCCCGCCGUCCGCGCGCCGCCAACACAGUCUGGACUCGAUCUCAACACCACCUUCUUGAAAGUGGAAAGUGGGUAGGCAACAGUGAACAGCCUCGAGCCUUCGCUGGCUCUCCAAGUCAGCAUGGCGCGGGUGUACGCAGAUGUCAACCAGCAGAUGCCGCGCGCAUACUGGGACUAUGACAGCGUCAACAUCAGCUGGGGAGUACUUGAAAAUUACGAGGUGGUUCGCAAGAUAGGGCGUGGCAAAUACAGCGAGGUGUUUGAAGGCGUCAACGUGGUUAACUACCAGAAAUGCGUCAUCAAAGUGCUCAAGCCGGUCAAGAAGAAGAAGAUCAAGCGUGAGAUCAAAAUCUUGCAAAACCUUUCUGGUGGGCCAAACAUCGUCGCGCUGCUGGACGUUGUCAGAGACAGCCAGUCAAAAACUCCCAGUCUGAUCUUCGAGCACGUUAACAACACCGAUUUCCGCACGUUGUAUCCCAAAUUCCAGGAUUAUGAUGUUCGGUACUACAUCUACGAGCUGCUCAAAGCGCUGGACUUCUGCCACAGCAAAGGCAUCAUGCACCGGGACGUCAAGCCUCACAACGUUAUGAUCGAUCAUGAGAACAGGAAGUUACGGUUGAUUGACUGGGGUCUGGCCGAGUUCUAUCACGCUGGGACAGAAUACAACGUGCGCGUCGCAAGCAGGUAUUUCAAGGGACCGGAACUCCUCGUCGAUUUCCAAGAGUACGACUACAGUCUAGACAUGUGGUCACUCGGCGCCAUGUUUGCGAGCAUGAUCUUCAGAAAGGAGCCUUUCUUUCACGGCAACAGCAAUAGCGAUCAACUGGUCAAGAUCGCUAAGGUUCUGGGAACCGAAGAUCUGUUUGAUUACCUUGACAAGUACGACAUCGAGCUCGACGCGCAAUACGACGACAUUCUUGGUCGGUUCCCAAAGAAGAGCUGGCAGGCUUUUGUCAAUUCAGAGAACCAGCGCUUUAUCAGCAACGACGCGAUUGAUUUCCUCGAUAAGCUACUGCGUUACGAUCACCAGGAACGUCUCACCGCCAAAGAAGCGCAAGCCCAUCCAUACUUCGCACCUGUUCGGCAAGCGGAGCAAGAGAACAACGCUCACUAAUAUGAUACCAGUGAGACUCGAAUCACGAUUGAGACUAGAUACCACUUUGCUUAUGAAAGGGUCAGAUCUUCUUCUGACUGAUCAACUUGUGCCGCUUAAGAUUAUCUUAUUGCCGCAGCAGACGGUGCACUGUGGAAUCCGCUGACACCGUUUUGGUCUUCACUAGGACAUCCUUCAUGGUGCACAAGCAUUGUGAUACACAGCUUGCUAUGCGAAUUCAAUGCUAAUCUUACAGAACGAUCCGACUCGGAUACAUGCGGCGCAUGCCAUUGUCGAAAACAGCCUCGCCCAAUCUUUCUGUCAAUCGAACAUGCCGCACGAAAAGCUUUACGACCUUCUCUUAGACGACUUAGCGACCCG